AAUGCAGUCCACUCUUUCACGGCUGUCCUUUCUUUCUGCGCCGUGGAGUCUGCUCUCCAGCUGACGUGAAUUAGUUCCUCCGAGCAGAUGUACCAGACUUCUGGCAUUACACUUAAAUGCAUUGGGUUGAGUUCAAUCGCGAGAGACGGAUCGAAUUAGGAACAUCGAUAGCACAAGAAUGACAACGAACCGACCUAAUCCUAAUCUAACUGAUUCCGAAAAAGCUUGUAGUCUGGCGAGUUAUCCCAAGUCGUUGAAAGCCGAAGGGCAAUGACGGUCGAGACUCUACUGCCAGCGAUCGUGCAAUGCGGCGACGUCCUGUCAGGAUUUAGGGUUUAGAUGUGCGCAGUUCGGAACCAAUUCGAGCAACUGUCUGUUGCAUGAAGAGGAGGACCGAGACACGCAGAGACAGACGUCGUGACUUGUGAAAAACUGGGCGUAGUGGUGUAUCGAUGGUCCUUCCCUGACGGAGCUACGACUCACCGGAACGCUCGGAUUUCUCGGCAGCGCUGUCGAUGGCGAAGCCGUGACGAGGUGGAUCGAUCUCCCUCGACACGCAGUCUCGUUGGUAUCCGAACUCCUGUGGGCCCACGCCCCUCUCUGCCACGGGCCCGUCAUGUCGUCCGGCAUCGCCGUCCUCUCCGGGCCUUCCAUUGCUCGAAUUCGCCAAGCGGCUUGAAGUGGGCGAGGGCGGGGCGGGGCGGGGCGAGCGAGAUCGCUCGUCCAGAUUCAUCCAAUGGCGGCGCUCACGGCCAUCCCAUUGUGUCCCUCUCUUGCUAGGUUCGGGUCGCCACCAUCACCCCCUGGGUUUGGGCGACCUUCAGCCUCAGGGGAGCAAAUGUGCUGGGACAGAGUCCGUUCAAUUUCGGAUGCCGCAUCCAUUGUCGCGUUCUGAUCUUGGAGCAAAAUUGGAGAUGUCGAUCGGAGCAGCUCUGGGCUCCGGUGUCGUCGACCUGAGAUUCUAGGUCGAUCACUACGAUGCUGAUGAUGAUGUGGUCGGCGUCGUCGAUAAGAUUCUCAGUCAAACAAAUUGUUGCACAGACACUUGUGAACGACCGUGCUCAAUUCGAUCGCCCGGGGUCCUACAGACAUUCACGACCCCAUAACGCGGAGCACCGAACUGCAGAACAUGCUCCGAGAAUAAAUCGACACGAAGUUUAUGCACUUUUCUCUAAACCCUACCCUCCCACUUGCAUUGCUGCAAUGACUUCGCUUUGCACCUCGAUUGCCAGUUUCUGUAGCUACACCGCCGUGCAGUCAGUCGUCAGUCGGUCGGCCCCGCGAGGCUUUUCUGAGGACGGGCUUGUGCUGUUCAAUUGUCAGCGCAGCGACUUGGCUGCAGAAAUAGAGAGCAAUACGUGCCCCAUCUGCUUUGAGCUGAUGAAGUCGCCUGACUAUCCGCCGAUUGUCCUGUCCCCUUGUGGUCACUCAUUCUGUGCCAAGGUCAUCCCCCUGUCUUUCCUCCACUGUCCUCCAGGCUCUGACGGCCAUGUCGUAGAAUUCACAUGUUUUCUUCUUCCGUCGAGCCAUUGUUUGUCGCUGGGGGGCUGUUCAAUUUCAGUUCAAUUGGAGCAAGUCAUAGACCAAUUGCACGACGAAUUGAAGGAAAAAGUUCAUAUCGUGAUCAGAGUCGGCUCCGACGGUUUCACAUCUCACUUCAGAAUUGAUCCAGUCUGUGCUAGAAAUGUCGAGCCCGUCAUCAUCUGACACCUCAUGUACUUUUGUAAUGGAUAAUUCUGAAGCGUGAGCUGAGUGAUAAUUGGCUUGACUUUCCUGUUCUGCAUUAUAAUGGGCCUUCUCAAGUCGCCUCCACUUGCGUAGGUCCUCUGCCACGAUGUAGGGAGUCUUGUGCCCCGUCUCCCCUUGUCGCCGUGUGGGAAUGAAUGCUGGGCUCUUACUACUCUGAGCUUACGAGAUUAAAGCCAAGCCAGUUGAGCUCGAGCCAUACUGACAGUUGAGGAUUUGAUGCAGUGUCUAUCCGUGCAUGUUGGAAGCCAGCGUAAGAAACUCUGCCCAUACUGUCGCCAGAAAAUUGCUUCUACGGCCGUGAACCUGUCGUUGCAGCGGCUGAUUGACAGCUUCGUGAAUCUACAAGAUAGGAGACAUCACAUCGCCCAAGCUGACCACGAUAAGGAACUCUUCCUGGACAGAUUGUCAGCUGCAGAGACCAGGUCUUGUAUCUUAAGAAACGAGCUUGCAGAAGCUCUUGAAAGGAGAAAGAAGCUCGAGUCUGACAAGACUCACAUUAAUAUCCUCCACGGCCAGUUACAGCAUAAGCAAGCGGAGGCCAGAGAGAUACUUCGGAGGGUGCCUUUUUAAACUCCAUCAGACAUUGUGAAAGCUGUAGUUUGUACGAUGAAUGAGUCUAAUUGCUCUAUGAUGGAAACUAGAUGUUGAGACCAUCCACUGAAUUAAUAGGGUCAGGUUCACGGUUCAUGUCAAGGUUCAAGGAAGCCGAAUCAGAAGGCCCGUCAUUAUGCAAAUUAUGUCUCGCAUUUUUUGUAUGUCUGUAGAGUGGCUGUGAACCGUAGGUAUCACAUUCUCGUAGAAAUUGGGCUAUCUUUUUCAUGAGUAUAGAUAUCAUCCUUUCAGGAGCUUACGGAACUAAAUUUACCGAAAAACAGGUUACAUCUGAGAACGAAGCAAUAGACAGAGAGAUCCAGUUGAUCGAGUGUCAACGGGAGGACGUUCAGAAGCUUGUGGACGAAGAAAAUGCAAAGACUGCUCUAGUCGAAUCCUCCCUCAGAGAGCUGAUUACAGUACACACAUGAACUUACGCCAUGCUAACCUCCUGCAAUUGAUUUGGAGUUCUUAUUAGCAGCAAAUAUCGUAUGAAGCUAGUCGC